AGACACGCCCCUAACCGGAAGUCUUGUUUUGCGCAGUACUUUUCAGUUUACGGUGCAGCAGGUUUCAAAUGUCUAAGUUAAAAACAGUAAUUUGGCCGAAAGUGAUUUUAUUUGGGGAUUCCAUCACACAGUUUUCAUUUCAAGCCAAUGGUUGGGGGGCAGAACUCGCCAACAAACUAGCCCGAAAGUGUGACGUCGUGAACAGAGGACUCUCUGGAUACAACUCCAGAUGGGCUAAACUUCUUCUUCCUCGCAUCAUCAACGUCACAAACUCCGCAGACAACCACAUCGCUGCGGUCACGGUCUUCUUUGGAGCCAACGACUGCGCCCUGGAAGAUCAAAACACACAGCAGCACAUCCCUCUGAAGGAGUAUUCAGAGAACCUGAGGGACAUCACCAGGCUUCUGGCUUCAGCCGGAGUGCCAGCUGACAGAGUCAUACUCAUCACGCCUCCACCUCUCCACGAGCCAGCCUGGGAGAAGGAGUGUAUUCUGAAAGGAUGUCCACUCAAUCGCAACAACUCUACAGCGGGGCAGUAUGCGCAGGCGUGUGUCCAGGUUGCCAGUGAGUGCGGCGCAGUCGCCCUGGACCUCUGGACGCUCAUGCAGGAAGAUGGACAGGACUACACCGUCUAUCUGUCGGACGGGCUGCAUCUCUCCCAGAGGGGAAACCAGUUUGUUGCUCAGCACCUGUGGGUGCUGCUGGAGAGCCGUGUGGCUGACCUGCCCUUCAUCCUGCCUUACUGGGGAGACGUGGAUGCAAAGAGCCCCGAGAGCAGUCUCCUCUGUGACCCGUGAGGAGGAGGAGGACGUUGGCUUUGAAAGGCAUCUCCAAAUCCCACCGGGCCGGCUCUUCUGUCGAGAAUAAACCUCGUUUUGUGGCGCUCGUUGUAAAUUUCCAGUCGACCAGAGCCCGACACCGGACUGCAUCCCUGCUACAGAACAAUCGAGCAGCUGCGAUUUGUUUACCACUGUCAAAUGCAAGACCAUGUAUCAUUUAAAAUGCACAAUAAAGAUUUAUUUUGA